CCUCUGUCAGCUGAGUGUGAAACUACCAAUGUCAACAAUACACAUUCCGGUGUUGUAAUCGCAAUUUAGUUAUGCAUGUAUGCACGUUUGUGAGAAUGAAGGAAACUGUUGCCGACUGUCACUCCCAGCAAUAUGUGGAGCCGCCCACCCUAUCUCUCCGACACCGAUCAAUCCAAGAAGAAUCUUUGCUUUAUAUCUUACCCACGGAGGUUCUGGAAAUUAUAAUUCUACUCCUUGACAGCGUGUCUUCUGUUCGACUCGCUUGUACAUGCGCCAAAUUUUAUAACCUUGUGAAUGAGACUGCUCCUUGGAACAACUUUGUUCGUCAUGAAAUAAGUGAGAAGCGUGAAUUAUUAGACCUUGGCCUUCACUUCGGUGUGCCUCUAUGGAGAAGAUCAUUGGGGACAUUAAAUCAUGCUCCCUGGAAGCAAAUUGUAUACAGCCGCAAAAUUUGUAAUGCUAUCAGCAAUUGGGACUUCACGUUGGCCUUUGAAACUUCUAUCCAGAUGGAUGAUAUAACAUCCGUUGAUAUUGCAGGUCAAGCUGUUGUUUUUGGGACACGCAGAGGUGGUCUGGCCCUUUGGAACCCUGAUGAAUAUGGACUUUUUAUAAAUACUAUUCUGCACGCUACUGCUGAAAUUGACCAAAUUUUCGUGCAUUUAUCUUCAGGUUGCAGAGGUGAUAAUUUUGAUUACCGAGUGAUAGUUCAUAGUAUUGACACAGCAUUAAUUAUAUACGACAUGUCAGGAUAUACCUUAGUUAGUGGUGUAUCAAAAAUGAAGGACUUAAAAAAGAUAUCGAAUCAUGGAGAAAGCUUGGUUGAAUGGGACCCAAUCCGUGGACAUAGUGCAGACACAACCAUCAGAGAAAAAUUGAUCCAGAGAUGUGUAAAUUUUACAAAUAUGCAUGCACGCUGUGGUCCAUUUUCUGCUAUUGAUACUUUUGAGCAUUUGUAUGUCAGCCAAAGUAAAGGACCCUUAAUUUUGAGACCUUCUUCAUGCCGGAACAUACCCAUAAUAGAACAACUUUUAGCCACACCAGACAAUUUGAACAUAGCUAAAUCUUUCAUUUGGCCAGGAAGGAUUUCUUUCAGUAUAACUAGUGGUAGAGUUACAAUCAUUUCUGUUGGAGAAAAAUGCAAAUCAAUCAGAUGGCCAAAUACUUUCAGAUGUGUCAGUGCCAAUCUGUUUACUAAUGUUUUAGCAGUUGGUACUGAUUGUGGUCAAGUUUUAUUGUAUACCUUCAAAUCUCCAUUGGAGCUCCUAAACUUAGAUCCUCUUAAUCAUCAGAAAUCCCUUAGCACAGGAACAGCAGAACCUAUCAUAUACGUAGGUUUAAGAGCACCAAACCAUGUGCAUCACCUCCCUGAUGUUGUGGCUGCAACACGACGUUCAUUGUUUUGUUUUAGAACUGUCAGCUAGAAAAGUGGUUGCUGUGAUUUCAAACUUAAAUUAAUUUUAAAACUAGGCUUGCUUCUUUUGUUAUAUUUUAACAUGAAUCUGAUUGUAAUUAACUGGGUUGUGAACAACCUCUCCCUGUGAUUUAAUAUUUUAUUGACUCAGUUUAAAAAUAAAUACACUGAUCCAAUGUGAA